AUCAGCUGCAUUAGUUAGUGGCGCUUGGCCGCUGAUCGGCCUUGCCGGCACCAAGCCGUCCACGAAGCCGACGACGGGGAGGCAGUCUGGCUCUCGACCGCCUCAAAUCGACGCCGACCCCUAGCGUAGAGGAACCUGCCGCCAAACUUUCCUGGGCGAACAUAGCCCCGCACACUGACGCCCUCAAAUCUCGCCUUUCUUUUCCUUCUGCUACUGUGCCCGUUACAGCCACGCGGUGGGCCGAGGAGGAAAGUCCCUGGGAGCUCGAGCCAUGUGGGCGUUAUCGUCGUCGUCUUCGGCGGCGCCGCCGUCCGCUGGGCCCGAGACAGUAGAGGAGCACCAGAACGAGGGAUCCAAGAUCAGGACCCUCAUCUCUAUCUUGAGAAAAUUCAUUGGAGUGACAGACCUCGCCUCAGUUCGAUUCUCUCUUCCGUCUCAGCUCCUCGAACCAACCCCGAACCUCGAGUAUUGGAACUAUCUUGAUUGUCCCAAUGCCUUUGUCGCUAUUGGAACCGCGGACGACCCGGUUGACCGCAUGCUGGAAGUGUUGCGCUUCUGGUUCACAAAGGAUCUGAAAUACGCAAAAGGGAAACCGUGCAAGCCCUACAACUCUUGCCUUGGCGAGUUCUUCAGGUGCAACUGGGAGACCGAAGAUGACGCCCCGAAGAUCGACACCACAGCGCUCCGAAAACGUGGCAGCCCUCCUGGCAGCAGCUCAUCCAGCACGAAGUCGGCGAGGCUUUCUGUGCCGAACGGGCUAGGUUCUGGCGAUGCCCGUGCCUCGUCUACGGUGUCCAUCUCACAAUCGUCGACGAAUCCUACCAAGCCGGUCCGGAUUUCAUAUCUGACGGAGCAAACGUCACACCAUCCGCCCGUCAGCGCAUUUUACAUCAGCUGUCCGGAGAAGGGCAUCCAUGCGAAAGGCUUCGACCAGAUCACGGCAAAGUUCACCGGCACUUCGAUUAAAGUGAUGCCGGGAGAGCACAACCUGGGAAUAUUCAUUACUGUGGAGCGGCGCAACCAUGAGACAUAUCAGUUGACGCAUCCUGCGGCGCAUUUGGGCGGCUUUUUUAGGGGUGCUUUGAGCGUGAGUGUCGGGGACAUGGCCUACAUUACGUGCCCGGAGACCAAGCUCAAAGCCAUCUUACACUACUACGACGAUGGCUGGCUCGGACGGUCAACGAACAAGGUAGAGGGUAUUAUCUUCCAUUACGAUCCCGAGAAGGACGACAAGCAAAACAUCAAGGACGUUCCAGAGGAGGAAGUCCUCGUUCGGCUUGGCGGACCCUGGAAGGAGAAGAUAGUCUUCACCCUAGGCCCAAAACCUUUGAACUCCCACCCGCCCGAAGACCAAAUCACCAUCAUCGACCUCGCCCCUCUCACGGUGGCGCCCAAGGUGCUCCCGCCCCCGGAGCUGCAGCUCCCUAACGAAUCUCUGCAGCUGUGGGGCGAAGUCACCAAGGCGAUUCUCGCCAAGCAGUAUUCACGGGCGACGGCAGUCAAACAGGAGCUCGAAGAAUACCAGCGGCAGAAGGCGCGAGAGCGUGACCGGGCCGGAGAGAAGUGGAAGCCCGUUUUCUUUGAGCAGGCCACAGACAAGGCCGGCAAGCCAUCACUCUCGGAGAAAGGCAGGGAGUUGCUCAACCGGGCGCAGAAGGGGGACUGGAGCUUGGAGGGGAUCGUCCCCUAAGCCCAUAGCCGAGGCGUGGAGGGGCAGAACGGUGGUGCAUCAGGCAGCUGCAUUUGGACUCGCUUGGUAUAGAGGAGCGUUGCGCGGCGUCAUAUAUCGAUUGGGAUCUCUCGUUGGCUGCAUAUUCUCCCUUUCGGCUCUGCUGGACGGGCUUAGGGCGUUCGUUGUGAACAGGGCAUGCUGCGGUGGGCCAGCUUUGGGUCGAUCUGGGUGCGUGCGUAUACAUAUUAU